AUAAAAAUUUGGGUAUGUUUAAAACUUUAGACGAUUUAAAGAAAGUAGAAAAGGACCAGAAAUAAUAAAAGAAAACUAGUAAUUCUUAUGCAGGAGGAGAAAAGAGGUAUAAAAACGAAUGAAAUUAUAUAGUGGAUUAUCUGUUGAAAAUCCUGAUGAUUAUGAUGAAAUAAUAAAUAAAGCGUAAUUAAUAUAUAAAAAGGUAAUAGAAAAGAAGGCGGUAGCAGACCUGAAAGUGAUGAUGAUCCAAAAGAAUCUUGUAAAAUAACUUUAUGGAAUAAUGGAUUUUAAAUAAAUGAUGGGGAAUUUAAAGAUAUCAAUGACCCAGAAAACAAGAAAUUUAUAUCUGAAUUGAAAUAAGGGUAAAGUGAAUAAUAAAUUAUAAAAGUAAUGUACCAACAGUUUUACGUUAAAAAUACCCAAAAGGGUUGAGUGUAAGAUUAGAAGAUAGAAAAUCAGAAAAAUAUGUACCACCUCCUCCACCAAAAUAUGUAGAAUUCAGUGGAUCAGGAGUAAGUUUGGGUUAAUAAUAAUUUGUUUAAUAACAAUAAUAGGUUUAAGUAGAUUUGAGUAAGUAAGGUUAAAUACAAAUUGAUCCUAAUCAACCUACAACAAAUAUAAUGGUAAGACUUUCUAAUGGUAAUACAAUAACAUUGACAGUUAAUACAACCACAAGAGUCACAACUAUUUAAUAACAUCUUUUAAAGUAUCUAAAUUAAUUUUAAUUUUAAGAAUGAUGAACUUACCUCCUCAAAAACAAAUUUAGUUAAUAUCAGGUUUCCCUCCAAGACCAAUUUAAAAUCUGAAUUAAACUGUUGAAGAUGCUGAUUUGUGUGAUUCCUAAAUCACUUAAACAAUUAUCUGAGUAUUAAGAAUAUAAAUAUCU